AUGGCAAGAGCGGCUGCUCCAGCGGCGGCUGCUGCAGGGGCGGCUGCUCCAGGGGCGGCUGCUGUAGGGGCGGCUGCUCCAGGGGCGGCUGCUGCAGGGGCGGCUGCUCCAGGGGCGGCUGCUGCAGUGGCGGCUGCUCCAGGGGCGGCUGCUGCAGGGGCGGCUGCUCCAGGGGCGGCUGCUGCAGUGGCGGCUGCUCCAGGGGCGGCUGCUGCAGUGGCGGCUGCUCCAGGGGCGGCUGCUGCAGUGGCGGCUGCUCCAGGGGCGGCUGCUGCAGUGGCGGCUCCUCCAGGGUCGGCUUCUGCAGUGGCGGCUGCUCCAGGGGCGGCUGCUGCAGUGGCCGCUGCUCCAGGGGCUGCUGCUGCAGUGGCGGCUGCUCUAGAGCGGCUGCUGCAGUGGCGGCUGCUCCAAGGGCGGCUGCUGCAGUGGCGGCUGCUCCAAGGGCGGCUGCUGCAGGGGCGGCUGCCCCAGGGGCGGCUGCUACAGUGGCGGCUGUUCCAGGGGCGGCUGCUGCAGUGGCGGCUGCUCUAG